AUGUUGUGGUCUGGAGCCAACGAUACGAGCGAUGAGUCUCUAGAGAGCACAGAAGGAGGUUACGCGGGGCUUUAUAGAUGGACUAUGGACGCCUUAUUUGGUUCACGAGUAUCGCCCUCUAGAAAGUAUAAGGAAUUUGCCCAGGAUGAUACGAAUUACAAGCGUGAGGGUAGAAGACGUGUUAGGAGCCCUGAGAGUACAAUUAUGCGUUCCAAUUCGUGGUCUGGGCUCGAUAGUGGAUUUUACAGGCGUAAUGACUUGCUUCCGCCAUCGAUUGAGGAAGAUAUGGAAGUACCGAGACCUAUUGAGUCUUCCAAUUCGUUGCUUAAUUCUUCCAGGGUGUAUCGGAGACCCGAGGAACAGCCCACGGAUACUUUUGCGGCAAGAAGAAGGCGGUUGGGGGAUGAUGGCGAAGACCACAGCAUUGUGCUCCAAUCACCACAACAAGAUGACCCGCUGAUAUCAAAACUGUUUCAAAAAAAAACUAGAACCCGCAAACCUGAAGAUCAUACUAAAAGGGUUCAAAUCCCUGGCAAAUUCCCCUCUCCAUCAAAGAACGCUCAGCAAAAGAACUACACUGCAGAUUAUUUGGAAGUAUUAGACCAAUUAUCAAGAAAUGAACGCCUUCUGGACGAUUUGAACCAAGAUUUCCACAAGAAACAAAGUCGAAUACAACAACGGGAGCAAACUUAUCAGGAGAAAUAUCUACAAACAAGAGCUGAACUCAUCGACGAACUAAAACACUCCAAAAGGCUAUACGACAAUUACUACAAACUCUACACAAAGUACCAACAACUACGAGAGAUCAGCCAGGAUGCGGUACGCAUGCAGCACCGGAUCUCGGGGCUCGAGUCGCAACUAGUCGAUAGUGCAAUCGACAAAGAUCGCCAAAUACACGAUCUGACCCGCAAGCUGUUCGACAUGGAUCUCCGAGUCCAGGAGAGUGAGACUGCGCGCAAGAGGGAGGCAGCCAGUUACCAAGCAAGGAUAGAUGAGCUCGAAAGACAAAAUAUGCUCCAGCCUGACGUCGGAGUCUCAUCACUCUCUUUUUCCCCUUCAAAUUACAGGGAUACAAGCUCAGACUAUAAUCCAGCGAUCGACUCACAUUUCCUUAAGAAUUUGGUUUGA